AUACUACUGCAAUCAUUCAUUCAGGCUUCAGAUCCAAACCCUCUCUCCACCAUCACAUAACCCUCGAGAUCCCAGCGCCACUCAUUUCUCUGGCCAUCAAUGGCGGACUACGAGCCAACACAACACCCAACGAUCCCCAUAGAAACUGCUCUCCAAGCCUUAAACACCAUAAUCCAACUCCACUUCGAGAAGACCCUCGAAAAGAAACGAGCCAUCGACCUCCAAAAGAAAGAGCUCCACAAGCUUUUCCAGCUCUUCUUCCUCUUCUUAGCCCUCGUCUUCAUGGCUCAAGCUCAGUCCACUCGUCUCCAAUGCCGUCAUUGCUGGGCACCCAUCACUUUGCUCUCACUUUCGCAUCUUAUCUUCUAUGUCUCGGUGGCUCAGACGCUGAGGUGCAUCAAUGGGUUCAAGUACCAGAGACGGUGCCACAAGCUGACGCUGGGGUUGGCUACAGAUAAGCUGAGGGAAAUGAAGAUUAGGGUCAACAAUGGGGAGUUCGUUGAUGGGUUCGGGGAAGAAGGUGAGUUCCAGAUUCAUUACCAGGAACCGCCAGAAACUUACUUUGCCAAGUUCAAGAGAAACUGGGCGCUGCAUUUUGGUUUCCUUAUCUUGAUCUAUGUUUUCUUGGUCUCUUCUUCGGUUGUGUUGCUUUGUUUCUAGGUGUUGGGUGUGAAUCAUUUUUAUUUUUCCA